GCCAGCCCAACGCGCGUUCUUCGCCUCCUGGGAUCUAUAGGCGUGCAAGUCUUGAAGAAGACUCAGUUCUUCCGGGUGCAGAGCUCUUUGGUCUUUCCUGCUGCUACAAAGACCUGGGAAGCUGAACAGGAGUCUCUCCUGACAGCCACGAAAGACAAGCUCCACCUUGCAGGCGAUGGGCGUGCUGACUCGCCUGGCUACUCUGCCAAGUAUGGGACGUAUACACUGCUUGACACCCGCAUCAACAAGAUCAUGCACUACGAGGUUCUUCAGUCGACAGAAGUCAAGUCGAGCAACCACAUGGAGACGGAGGGCCUGAAACGUUCUCUGGACUUCCUCCUGAGCAUGGGGCUGUCUGUGUAUGUUCUUGUGACCGACCGGCACUUUGGGGUGAAUGCCCUGAUGAGAGACAGGUACCCCGACACCAAGCACCGGUUCGACGCAUGGCAUGUCGCAAAAGGCAUUGGGAGCAAGAUGGCCUCUGCAGGCAAGACAAAGAAGAACAGCAUCUUGAAUGCAUGGGUGAAGACUGUACGUGGACACGUCUACUGGUGUGCACAGACCAGCAGUGACAAUGGCGCGCUGGUGCUCGCAAAAUGGGUGUCCGUAAUGCGACACGUGAGCAACGUCCAUCAGCACCCCAGCCCCCUGUACCCUGCGUGCACCCAUGGCCCAAUCGAAGAGCGCUGGUGGCUUCAGGAAGGGACCGAGCCAUACGUGGCUCUCGAAAAGAUCGUCAUGUCCAAGCAACUACUCAAGGACAUUCCAAGGGUGUCUGGAGACGGUCAGACCUAUCGCCUAGAGUCGUUCCACAGCAUGCUGCUCCGGUUUACUCCGAAAUCCAGUCAUUUCAGUUUUGAAGGCAUGGUGGCACGGUAA